GCCCGCUGCUUCCGGGCCCGCAAAAUGGCGGACGGCGGCAGUGCGGUCGGGGGGCCUGCUCCGGUUCCCAUGGCGACGACGCUCUUCCGCUGCCCGCUCUGCCGCCGCAGCGCCCUCUCCGGCCGCCGCAACCACCUGUACAGCGCCGGGCACCAGCGCCGAGUCCGGGAGGCCCUCGCCCGCCUCGGGGAGAAGGUGGGGGCGGCGCGGAAGACGCUGCAGGCGGCGGCGGUGGUCCCCUUCGAGGCCGGGGAGCACGAGCGGCGCUUCUGGUGCCUCUGCUGCCAGCGAGAGGUGGAGCAGCACCUGAGCCACGGAGCCCUGGCCGUGCUGCACAGCGGCCUCCUGCAGCACCUGGCCAGUCCUGAACACGCAAAAGCCGUUUCUGUCUUCUGGUGGGAAAACAAAGCAGAUCCCAGCCUGAAGCCCCACUUCCUGCUUUCCCCUGCAGAUUAUGAACUUUUCAAGGUAUCGCUCACCAAAGCUUUGGAUGCUUAUGAGGCAAGAGAGGACGAGGUUAUUCAAGAGGUGGCAGCUCAUAUCCGGGAGGUGGAACAGAGCCGGCAAGAAAUGAUACAGACUCUCUUAGAGCCACAGACACAGAGUGAGCUGUGUGAUGGACAUGCUGCUGUCAACACCCUUACAGGGGGCCUCAGCGACUCUGCUUCCGCCACAGAAGAACAAGAACUGCCAGGACCAAGCAGGAGCACUGCAUUUGUCGGAGAGCAGCCUGAGCUAGACUGGCUGGAAGCUGGGCAGCCCUUAACUUUCAUUGGCCACCAGGAAACAGCAGAGAAGGGCAACAUUCACACAGGGGCCAAGCCCCCAUGGCUGAUGGAGGAGGAAAGCCAAGGGCAGAUUGGACCCUCCUAUGAAGAAUUUCUGAGAGAGAAAGAGAAACAGAAGCUGAAGAAGCUCCCGCCUGAUCGUGUUGGUGCUAACUUUGAUCACACCUCCCAGACUGGAGAAGGCUGGCUUCCUUCCUUUGGGAGAGUCUGGAACCACGGAAGGAGAUGGCAGUCGAGACAUCAAUUCAAAGCUGAAGCAGGACAGAAGAAAUCCCGCACAAGACGGAAGAGGCCCCAAACUGAGUCUAUAUGAAGAGGGUGGAGAAUACUUCUAGGGAAGCUUUGUGUAGUUUAUAAUCUGCUUGCCAAGAGAAGGGAAAAUCUUAAUGAUUGCCAAAACUAGAUUAUAUAUCUAACCAGUAUUUGUAUGCUGGUGACUAGAGUACUACUUCUGUUUUGUAAGAAUUCUAUUGCUAUGGAUUUAAGAUCUAUAUUAAACUGAUCAUGUGCUCAUUUAUGACUGA